AUUACUCACACACAUUAUAUAUAGCACAAUGACAGUUAAGACAAAUCACUCCUUGUGUGAACAGGUGAAAUACCGGUCUGAAGGUAUGAUACAAUACUAAUAAUAAAUAAUACUAAUAAUACAUUCAAUUUUAAACGCCUGUCUCGUGACCCAAGGACACUCUACAUACACCAAAACAAACAAAACAAAAAACAAAAACAAAUGAUAGGUAAAUGAGAAGCUUGGCUAAAGUUAAAUCUUUCCAGUGCGGAGGGGAUAGGUGUAGCUAUGUCGUCGUGGCUUUAAAGCGAAGCAGGAAGUACAUGAUUUAAUUUUCUUGUAUUGUGGUUUAUCUUUGGUUGUACAAACUCAACGGUUAAAACCUUUACGUUAACGGAAGACUCACAGAAACUACGCUUGGGUUGAAAUGUUUUUGGCUUCAUAUAGUAUAUAGUUAACUAAAAUAACUCAACUAUUACAUUUAACUUCUGUUAUAUUAAAAAUUCAAGUGUCAAGAAGUCUCCAUCGGAUAGCAGCCUUGUAGACAAGAUAGUAAUCCUCCCACUUCUUCCGGUUAGAACCGGAAACUGCCCUCGCUUGUUUACAUUCUCCGGGGGGUCUAAGCUAACUGGCGAGCGAAAAAGGCGAGCAGCUCUUCAAAAAUGACGGGUGACAGUUGAUUAGGUUUGUGUAUUUAAGACAGUUUUCAGCUGUAUUGUCUCUCUGUUGUUGUUCGGACAAUGGCUGCAACUCGCCGCCGGUGCUGUCUCCGGUUAAUCCUACCGCUUCUCCUGCUGCUGUGUCCGGGGCUGCUGGUGGCGGCGGAGCAGGUCGCUCUGGUGGAGGUGUUCGUGGAGCAGCGGCCCGGUGUCAGCGCUUUGCUCCAGGGAGAAGUGGUGGAGUCCAGGCCGGGCAGAUGGAGCUCCGAGCACCGGGACCAGGACAAACAAGACCUUGAGGGAGAGCUGGUCCUGGUUCGGGACGAGGAGCCGCAGGUGAGCGGAGGAAAAGCGGAGGAUGACAGCAAAGAGCCGGAGCCGUGGAUCGGGGUGGUGCCGGUGGAGAUGGACGACAGCAAAGCCUCCACCGGAAACCAGGAGUCCUUCGCUGAUGCGAUGGUCAAUAAAAUGAAGCGAGCUCUGGUCCUCGGAGCGUCUGCGCUGAUCAUCCUGGCUCUCAACCAGAACACCGUCAGAGAGAUGGAUCUGUCUCAGGUGCUGUCGAAGCCCAUCAUUGUGAUCCAGACGUCUGAAAACGUCACCAAGCUGAUCGGAGCUCUGCUCAGGGGCCUUCAGGCGACAGCGAAAAUCACAUACAAGACCAUCCUGCAGGACAACCUGGGAGCCACGCUCACGCUGUGGUCCAGCUGCGGGCGAUCGAGAGGCGGACGCUACGGAGAGUGGCAGGGGGUCAUCUGCACGGGAGAGACCAACUCUCAGGUCCAGAAGUACCUGCAGCAGCUGUGGGACACGGUCCUCCUGGUGGCUCUGAUCCUCAGCACCGGCGUCAUCGUUCAGGCCCGCUGGCAGUACCAGGACCACCAGCUGAACGACGACUUAGAGUUGCUUCCUAAACAGGACGUCCUGAAGAGAAUGUCGUCCCUGAAGACCAAAACGUACCGUCAGCCCAAACCCUGGUGUGAUCCGUCCCAGCCGGUAGAAACCGACAACUGCGCUGUGUGUCUGGAGCCGUUCAACAACAACCAGUGUUUGCGGGUGCUGCCGUGUCUCCAUGAGUAUCACAGAGACUGCGUGGAUCCCUGGCUGCUGCUGCAGCACACCUGUCCUCUGUGCAAACGCAGCAUCCUCAGCAGCGUCUGUAAGGACAGUUAACGGUCACCUCACCUCUGGGAAUCACAUCUCGUCUUCUGUGACACUCCAGUAGCCCUUUUUUUGUUGUUGUUUUUUUUUUAAACUGACCUCGUCGCUUCCUCCUUCCAGCGAUGGAUCGUGGGAGCAAAUAUAAAACUUCUCACAGCAGCCGACCGGCCGUCAGGACUGCGGAGCCGGUCGGAUUCUGACCUCUGACCUUCAGCGGGUCUCACGGACACUAGGUGGUAGUAUUAACACAAUACUAUGAAGUACUUUAGCGGUACUGUUGUGUGUGUGUGUGUGUGUGAACAGUACUUCUUCCUGGGAUCAUGUUACUGUACAACUGUGGAAAUAUUCGUAUGUGACGUCGUGACUCAUGAGGGUGUUUGUGUUACGGCUGCGGACGCACCUUCUGCUCCAUAAAACCCGGAUAAGCUGACGGAGUAAUUGUAAACGCUGACGUAUCGAUCGACUCGUCAAUGUUCACUUUAGGUCCAAAUGAUGUCAAUAAGCAACUUACAAAGUGGACGAACUAAGACUGAUUUCAUCUAGUGUUGAAACUUUGCAUUAAAUGUUAGUCGUAGAGGUCUCGUAGUCGUAGUCCAGAAGUUAACUGUGCAACAGUUGGCACCAGAUGUGGAAAAAGUGUUUCCAACAUGCCUUAUGACUUCACUGCAGAGUGAUGGAAACCCAAACUACAAACACAGUUCUUCAAUUCUACUUUAACAUCACAGCUUUGUAUCUUACAGGAGCUCGUUUAGUUGCACUGUUUUAAAUGCUUAGUGAUAGAGGAUUCAAAAGGUCACUGCUCAGUUGGCUUCCUCACAUUUAGAAGGUCUGUAUGAAGAAGUUAAAGGAUGAAGCUGCACUUUUCUAUAUGUUUCUUAUUGUCAACAUGUGCAGAGUCAAACUAUCAACUGAUCCUACUUACAGAUGUUGCAGUAGACCUCUGCUGUUGUCCAGAAACUAUUAAAAACAUGUCAGUGAGUCAAACUGUUCAACAAGUUCCUUCAUUAUGAAGAGAUUGAU